AUGGGUACCGAAAAGCGAACUUUUGUGUGGCAUAUCCAGGCCCUUGCGCGCGGCCUUCUUGGCUUGGGCGUCAAGAAGGGCGAUAGGGUGGGAGUGAUCAUGGGCAAUAAUAGUGCAUAUGCGUGCCUGCAGUGGGCGUGCGCCAGUAUAGGUGCCAUCCUCGUGACGCUGAACCCCGCGUAUCGGCUGCCAGAACUGCUCGGGACCCUAAACCUCGUUGGCGUGAGCCACCUCUUCGUGUCCCCGCGUAUUCGCGCCUCCGCACAUGUUCGCAUGCUAUGCGAUGCAUUCCCGGCACUCGCGAGCUCGUCUCCGGGCGAUAUUCAGGAGCCCGCGCUGCCCCACCUACGACAUUUAGUCGUGGUAGACAACGUCGGAGUGCGCGACCAGUUCGAGCGUGAGAUAGAGGGCGCAAAGCCUGCAGUGGACUUUCGUGAAGUCAUGUUAUGGAGGGAGGACACAGAAGAGCGUAGACGAGUGGAAGACAUUGCAGCUGGGCUCGAUGUGCACGAUAUAAUCAACUUGCAGUUCACAAGUGGGACCACCGGCUUGCCGAAGGCCGCAUCUCUUACACACUACAACUUGCUCAACAACGCCCUGUCAAUCGGUCGUUGCAUGCACUUCACCCCGUCAGAUAUAUUAUGUAAGGACAGAAACCUUGCCGCUUGGACACAUGGAGCAUGCAUCGUCUACGCAUCCGAGGUAUACGACCCCUCUGCGAUUGUGGAUGCUAUCACUCAGGAGAGGUGCACCGCCCUCCACGGCGUGCCUACGCAUCUGCUCGGCGUGCUCGGCGAAGCACAGAAGCGCAGAGAGGAGGGCAAGGUGGUCGACACUAGUUGCCUGCGAACGGGCGUUGCUGCGGGAUCUCCGGUCCCAAUUGAGCUGAUGAAGCAGCUUUCGCAAAAACUGCAUUUGACAGAGCUGACAGUGGCCUACGGCAUGAGUACUCCCGUCGCGUUCCAGACCACGCCGGACGAUCCCGUUGACAAACGUGAAGAGACGGUGGGCAGAAUAUUUCCUCACGCCAAGGCGAAGGUAGUAGAUCCCGAAGGGCGGACCGUUCCGGUCGGUACGCCUGGGGAAGUCCUCGUCGCUGGGUAUCUCUUGCAAAAAGGGUACUAUAACGACCCCGAGCAGACCGCCCUUGCGAUGCAAGCGGACGAGGAAGGAGUUGUUUGGAUGCGGUCAGGAGACGAAGGCAUUAUGGACGAAGAGGGGUACCUGAGGAUCGUUGGACGGAUCAAGGAUAUCAUUAUCCGCGGCGGAGAGAACCUCUUCCCCGUACAGAUCGAGAAUCUCUUGACCGCCCAACCCCAUAUUCGCGAAGCGGUGGUGGUCUCCGUCCCCGAUCCGAAGUACGGCGAAGUCGUGGGGGCAUGGAUUUCGCGCGAGCCACACAUGGAUCCCAUCUCCAAGGACGCAGUUCGCCGUAUCGUGGCAGAAGGAAUGAAUCCCCAGAACUCGCCGGCGUGGGUGUGGUUCAUUGGGGAGGACGGAGUGCCGGAGGGAUUCCCGAAGACGGCGAGCGGGAAGAUACAGAAGCACAUUUUGCGGGCCUGGUCUAAGGAACUAGCACAGAAGGGAGUUGGUCGUGAUAAGAGGCCAAUAUUCAAAUUCGGUGUGGCGAGAGACGGAGUUGUUGGUGGUCGCGACAAGACAAUAAGCUGA